CUUUAAAGUUCAAUUACUUGUCUGUUAAAUAGUUCUUGCAUUUCUAAUCUCUCCUCCUUGGAACCCGCGUUGUGUUUCUGUACAGUCUCAGCUCUUUCUUCACACGGCGGAGUUUAUAUUGUCAUUACAUACUCUAUUAGAUUUCAACCCCUUUUUGGUAUAUCCAAAACCUUAGUAUUACGGGUUCUCCACCCUUUUUCCCAGUUCAUUUUUUGCUUCUUAGCCAUAUACAACAUGUGUCUUUUUGUUGAUUCAUUCAGCUAGACAACUUCAGAAUUUGAUUGACAGCUAAAACCUUCAAAUAUCCAGUUAAAAGUCUGGCUUUCUGGGAUGCAGUGAAGAUCCUGAUAUGUGCUCAAAGGAACCAUUUCUUGGAUACUGUCAAGUUCCUUAAUUGAGAUUCAGCCUUUAUCGCUCUGAUUCAUCAAAAAGAAAAGAAAGAGAAUUGGGGAAAGAUUUUAUAGUUUGAUAUUGGAUUCUUGGAAAAUUUGAGGCUUCUCUAGCAAAAACUUAUUGGGUGAUUUUUGUUUGUUGGACAUCUUCAAAUGGAGGGUAUUGUCUCAUUUGAUGGAGGUACAAUGUCUUCACAUAUAGAUGAAACAUUCAACAAUGCAAUUGAGAUGAUGAAUUUUGAAGCAUAUGCCGGAUGGUGCACUAGCCCCUGUGCUAUAGAACAAAUGUUUGCCUCUUAUCCAUCAUUUUCGCCGAUUAAUCCAAUGCCCAUCAAUUAUGCACCUUUUGAACAAUUGAACUUUGAACAACAGUUUCCCUGUGAAGGGGAAAAUUGGAUGUUUCAGCAGAAUAAUGAUGACCAGUUACGCGAUUCUAGUGAAGAGGCUGAUUAUGUUUCUGAUACUGACAACUGUAUAAUCCCAAAGUCACCUUGUCAAUCACUUCCGGAGCGAAUGCUCAAGGCAUUAGAACUGUUUAAAGAAUCAUCUGGUGGGGGAAUCUUGGCUCAGGUUUGGAUUCCUAUGAAGAAUGGUGAUGAUCACUACAUUUUAAGCACCUGUGAACAGCCAUUUCUACUUGAUCAAGUUCUAUCUGGAUAUCGAGAGGUAUCCAGGAAAUUCACUUUUGAUGUGGAUAUGAAACCAGGAUCUUUUCCAGGUCUUCCUGGUCGAGUUUUUACUUCGAGAAUACCCGAGUGGACAUCAAAUGUUCAGUACUAUAGAGAGGCCGAGUAUUUACGUGUACGAUAUGCAGUUGACCAUGAAGUCCGUGGAUCGAUUGCUUUACCAGUUCUAGAGGAUGAUGGACAUGAUACGCCGUGUUGUGCAGUACUAGAACUAGUCACUACAAAAGAGAAGUCGAAUUUUGAUUUGGAAAUGGGACAUGUUUGCCGGGCUCUACAGUCCGUAAACUUAAGGAGCACAACACCUCCUCGAUUUAGUUCCCAGAGUCUCUCAAAGAAUCAAAGAACUGCUUUAGCUGAGAUAAAAGAUGUUCUACGAGCAGUUUGCCAUGCUCAUAGGUUGCCUCUUGCUUUGACGUGGAUUCCCCGUAUUUGUACAGGAGGAUGUAUUACAAGCUCAGAUGAAAAAAGUGUAUUAUGUGUUGAGAAUACAGCUUGUUAUGUGAGUGACAAGGAGAUGCACGGAUUUCUUCAUGCAUGUAUGGGACAUGAUCUCGAGGAAGGACAAGGUAUUGUUGGGAAAUCUCUCCAAUCCAACCAUCCCUUCUUCUACCCUGAUGUGAAAGAGUACCAUAUAAGUGAGUAUCCACUUGUUCACCAUGCACGGAAGUUUGGUCUAAAUGCUGCAGUUGCUAUCAGAUUACGUAGUAUAUUCACCGGUGAUGAUGAUUACAUAUUGGAGUUCUUUCUUCCUGUCGAUAUGAAGGGAAGCACCGAACAACAGCUUCUCUUAAAUAACCUCUCGCGUACCAUGCAGAGAAUUUGCAAAAGUCUGAGGACAAUAUCAGAUGUUGAAUUAGUUGGACAAGGGGGUGCAAAGUGUGGGUUACAGAGUGAAUCGGUUCUGGAUUUAACACCAAUUGACUUGUCAAGGAAGAUUUCUCAGCAUUCUUUAUUAGGCAGCACUUUAGAUUUGAGUAAAGCAACUUUAGACGUAUGUGAUUCAGAAAUAGCUGGAAUGGAAGCUGAUGGUUCUCGCGAACAGACAAUGAGUGUAUCAAGAAGACAGAAGGAGAAAAAAAGAAGAGCGGCAGAGAAACACGUCAGCUUGAAUGUUCUUCAGCAAUACUUCUCUGGGAGCCUCAAGGACGCUGCCAAAAGCAUUGGUGUGUGUCCGACUACAUUGAAAAGGAUAUGUCGGCAACAUGGGAUCCCAAGAUGGCCAUCCCGAAAAAUAGGCAAAGUGAAUCGUUCUUUAGUAAAUAUACAAACUGUGCUUAAAUCAGUCCAAGGGAUUGAAGGAGGAUUAAAAUUUGAUCCAGCCACUGGAGGUCUAGUUGCGGCAAGUUCUAUCCUUCAAGAUUUUGACUCAGAGAAAAGUAUGCUCUUUCCCUGCAAAGAAGUCUCUGUGAAAAAUCCAGAUUCCCAGGAUGCUGUGUCUGUCCUCCAAACUUCAUGCAUUGACAACCACGACUCUGUGGUGAAAAUGGAAGAGGAUACACAUGUGGAUGGAAACCAACUAGCAGAGUCAAACAGUCCAUUUUCUGGAUUUUGUCAUGGCUGCAAAUUGGCUGCAUUAGAUGCAGGGUCGCCUGCAAGUCAGGACAAAAUGCAAUGUACCAACUCUAGAAAUGUGUCACUAGGUUCUUUCUGUACGAAAGAAGGAUGCAGGAGUUGUCGUUUGAGCACAAGCAACUUAAAGUUGGACAAUUCCGGCUGCCAUUUCAUCAGUCGAUUCCCACAUUCCAUGCCUGACGCUGAUGAUGUUGAGAAAAAAACUAGAGCAAGUAACGAAAUGGAUGGAGAUGAUGUUGUUAUGGAACAUAACAAGGGAAGUUCUUCAGGGAUGACAGAUUUGUCCAAUGUGUCCGGUUCAAUGAUGAAUGGCAGUUCAUCAAGCUCUCACAGUUUUGGUGAACGAAAGCAUACCAAAGUUAAGGCAAGCAGUGAAGAUGGUGGGUCAUUAAUUACCAUAAAAGCUACUUACAAGGAAGAUAGAAUCCGAUUUAAAUUUGAGCCUUCAGCAGGGUGCUUUCAACUCUAUGAAGAGGUUGCAAAGAGGUUCAAACUGCAGACCGGGGAGUUCCAGCUCGAGUAUCUUGAUGAUGAAGAGGAAUGGGUGAUGUUGGUAAAUGAAGAAGACUUGCACGAGUGUCUUGAGAUACUCGAUUCUCUUGGUACUCAUAGCGUAAAAUUUCUUGUUCAAGAUGUGUCAUGUGCUAUAGGUAGCUCAGGCAGCAGCACUAGUUGCUUUUUGACGAGUGGCUCUUAGUUAUACAGUGCAGAGAAGCUUCUUGAGAAGCUCAGGCAGCAGUAGAGCUCUUUGUUCUACUCUCACUUUUAUGCAGUUGAUAUCGAGUCAUCGGUACUUGAUCCCGGCAAGAGAUCCUGAUAAGAAAAACUGAAAUCCAUAAGAGGAUGCACUAAUAGAAGCAUUAUACUCGGCCAAAAUCAUUUGUUAAUAUGUUACAUUUAUAUUGUGUAUAGGUAAGAUAAGUGUCAGGUAAUUGUAAGAGUUUAAAAUAGUUAAGGCACUAGAUCUCAAGUGCCUCAGCUGCUAAAAACUGUUAGUUUAAGAUAAUGCUUAAAGGUAAUGGUGAAAAGUAAGCUUUAAGAGUCUUUCUAUAAGAAAUACAAAAAGUUGUCAUAUCUUUGCAUGAAUACUUGUAGACAAUAAAUUUGUGUGGAGAAAAUAAAAUCAAAACCGAAAAAUAUUGU